UUGGUUUACCGGCCGUGGAACCGACAUUGGGCAUUUGGAUUAGGAGCGUUGGACCCGAUUCGUAACCUCACCCACGACGAUUUUUCUUCGUUCUGACUUACAAAUUCGCAGACCGAUCAUCAAUCAAUUAGAAGGGGGACUUCUGAGGCCCGAGGCGACGAGGAAAAAAUCUAGAGAUGACUACUGCAGCUCGACCAACAUGGGCACCGGCUAAAGGUGGAAAUGAACAAGGUGGCACUCGAAUUUUCGGCCCAUCCCAGAAAUAUUCAUCCAGGGAUAUUGCUUCUCAUACGACCUUGAAACCCAGAAAGGAAGGUCAAGAUACCCAUGAUGAAUUGCAGAGGAGGAAUCUCAGGGACGAGUUGGAAGAUCGUGAAAGGAGGCAUUUUUCAUCAAAGAAUAAGUCAUAUGAUGAUAGAGAACAUAGAAAAGGAAGCCAACUUCUGUUAGAAGGUGGAAAGAGAGAUAUCGAAGAUCGGAUUAUUCCACGAAGUUUAGAUGCUGACGAUUCUGAUGUGGAUGUCAAAAGUGACAGUGAGAGUGAUGACGACGACGAAGACGAUGAUGAGGAUGAUACUGAAGCUCUUUUGGCUGAGCUGGAACAAAUAAAGAAGGAAAGAGCAGAGGAAAAGCUUCGGAAGGAAAGACAGGAGCGUGAGGAAGAGCUUAAAGUCAAAGAAGCGGAGUUACUCCGAGGAAAUCCGCUGCUGAAUGAGCAGCCCGCCUCUUUUAGUGUCAAAAGAAGAUGGGAUGAUGAUGUUGUGUUCAAGAAUCAGGCCCGUGGUGAAACAAAGACUCCGAAGCGCUUUAUAAACGACACCAUUAGGAAUGACUUCCACCGAAAAUUCUUGCAUAAGUACAUGAAGUAACAUGGUUAUCAAAAUCUAAGACCAAGUAAAUCUAGAGUGAGGUGAGCCCUACAACUGUGUACGUAUCAUAACGCGUUGAAAAUACUUGACAUUUGUUUUAUCCGCAUAUCAUAGCAACUUAAACAUGCAUCAAAUGAUCUAGUCUGUGUUUUCAAUUGGACGAAUGAGUAUUAAAAUGGUUUCAUAA